CCGGAGGGAGGAGGGUGUCGGCGUUCCUUGGCUGGGCGGGGGAUGGGGGCGCCUGUUGCUUCUUCAGAGGGCCGCGCACACCGUCCGCCCCUCUGAGGGGUUGAGAGGCCCUUGCCCAGCUGGGAAAGGGCUUAUUAUCAUUUCUGAGGUGAUGGCGGCGGGAGGGGGAUAGUGUCUCUGCCUCCCCACCUCCUUGUCGGCGGGCGAUAGAUGCCCCUCACUCUGCCGAGGCAAAGGGAGGCUGUCUGGUUACCCGAGAGAGCGGAGCGAGACCUUUCAGAACAUCCUGUGAGAGAAGCUCAGAAGAGCCAGCUCUGUGCCUCUGGAUGUCAGGUGGCAUAGGAACUGAUGUUUUCAGUGGUUGAGAAGAAUAUUGGUCCUGAAGGUGGGAGUCAAUCAUUUUGACAAGUCUCCUGAAAGGAACAGCUAGCAGGAGCUGAACCCUUUUUCCAUCUGGUCUCGUGGCAAAGGCAGAGAUUACUGCAGCUCUACACAGUAUGACGUGCUCACUAGUGCCCUCUGAACAGUCUUCUGGUGCCUCUCUCUUGCCUAAAGACAGUGCCCCAUUUUCUUGGGGUUCCUUGGAUGAAGAUGGAUUGGAUGACUCCUUGCUGGAGCUGUCUGAGGGAGAAGAUGAUGGCCAUUUCAGUUUCACGGAGGAAGAGAUUCAGGAGCUCUUGAAAGAUGAUGACCUAUCAAAUGAGCACCUUUCUAAGGAAAGAGGGUUGCUUAAUGGUGACAACAGGAAUGUUGAGAAGGAAGGUAAAGGGAGUCAAAUUCUACUUGACACUCCCCACGAGAAAAAUUCAUUGUACAACUUGGGACCAGUUACUGAGACCCCUGGCCUCUUCAAACUACCUCAACUAAGUACAUCAGUUGGUCAUGGAUCAACUCCUACUAAACCAUUGAACCGACGCUUUGCACUAGAAAAGAAUCUUAUAAAAGUAACAGUUGCACCAUUUGAUCCAAGAGUUUGUGAUGUUGUACUUGAUAAGGACAAGACUGAUACAUCCAAAGAUAUUGAAAAACCCUCCUCCCUUGGAGAAGAGAUGAGAGAAGAUGGUCUUAGUCCAAAGGAGAACACACUUUGCACAGAAUCUGAAGGGAUCAGCCCCAGUAACUCUGCCUAUAAUGGGCCCCCAUUCCCUUCUUCAAACAAUAACUUUCAACAAACUGUCUCUGAUAAAAAUAUACCUGACAAUAAGAAACCCACACCUGCAUUCUCUCAGAUCUUGGACCAUUCAGAGACUCCUUCUAAUUUGGGGUCAUCCUGGAGAAACAGGUCACAUAAACCAAGUCUUGAAGUGAAGUUUCCGGUUGUUUCCAGUUCAUCAAACAAACAGGAUGUUCUUGACAAGGAUUCUGGGAAGCUGAAGGUCCAUGAGAAAAGACUAGGCAAAGUCAUUCCUGUUCUGCAAGCCAAGACAAGGACUAAUGUUCCGACGUCUUCACCAUCAGAUCUAGAAAAACAGAAGCAAAGUUAUCUCCGGAAUGUCAUAGCUCAUAUAGAAGACCCAGUGGACUCCAACCAAGGUGCCUUGGGGGAGCUGUGUACCUUGAUGGAUCAAGUUCAUCACAUGCAGAACCAAAAAUGGCAGCAUCCUUCAGACCUCACCAGGCGUAACUACGCCCGGUUCCGACAGAAGUCUCUGCAAAGAUACAGUCUGACUCAGUGGGUUGACAGGAACAUGAGAAGCCACCAUCGGUUCCAGCGUCUACCGGAUUUCCAAUACAGUUCGUUUGUCUCCUCCCAUCAGCAGUGAAGGUCCCUAUCCAGGGUCCUGUCCAGAGCAGCAUCUCAUCUUCUGUUGUUUCGUGCUAUGUAGAUGCUGAAUUUUAUUUUUCACAAUAUUUUAUUUAAAGAACUUGUCACCUUUUGGAAAUGCCCAUUGCUGACUUGAAAUUUUUUUGUAUAAGGUGCUUCCUUUUUGUGUGUGUGCGUGUGUGUGUGUUUGUAUGCAUUUAAGCAGUGUUGAGUUGAUAUAGUUUUAAUUUUUUAAUUUAAAUUGAAGGUGGCUGCCUCUCGAAAGCCAGCAUUAAGCCGAAACACCCAGGUUCGAGCCAAACACCUGUCUCUCUGCAGAGGUGAAGUCUACUUCUGGUGCCCAAAAGAAAUUAUCUUUUAAUCUCCUGUGAGGAAGCGAUUCUUUAUCAGGCUGCAAGCCAGUGUUAAUUCUUGCUAAUUGUUAAUCGUAAAUGGACACAAGUCACUUUUAACAGCCCCUCUUUCUUAUUUGAGUCUCUGAAUAUUUUAAAGUUGGUAAUCCAGGACAUUUGAAGUAUCUGAAAAGACAAAAGUGUAUAUCUUUUCUUUUUGUACCUACUAGCUGCCUUUAUUAUUUUUUUUCAUUCUUCUUUAAAUUUAUUUUGCAAAUAGUGUUUAUAAAUCUUAUAUAAUCUUAGCUGAGACAAAAGACUGGUGACUAGCAAAUAACCCCUGUUGAUUUGUGAUCUUGUGUCUGGUUACCUUUUCUGCCUUUCUUCAAGGAUUUUUUUUUUCCUCCAGUGACCUUAUGGCUCUACCAGCACAUUCCUAUAUCCUGUUAGACGAAGAUAUGCCUCUUAGGAACAGCCUACCUGCACUCUUCCCUGAAAAGCUACCCACCCAGAGUCUUGACUCUAGGACAGGCCAGAAAGCCUGAGAGGCCUAGCCUAUUAGGUGUCAAUUCAAGGUGAACCCCAACCCCAACCUCAAAUAUGAGCUGGCGUGUUAGUCAGUGAGCCUCUGUCUGUAGGAGAGACUUUGGAGAGGCGGUCUUUUGUCUCCAUUGUUAGUUAAUAAGAGGUGCCUUUUGAUCCUGGAUGUUACCAUCUCACUUGGUCAAACCUCUGAUGUAUAUGUUUACAAGACUACUAGAGUGGAUAUAAUAUAGUUUUGAUUAAGCCUGUGCACAAAGCCUUACCUGAUCUUAAGGACUGGUAUUCCAACCCAAGCUGGCAGGCUUUGUGCAGCCGUCUUAAUGGAUGUCCUAGGAGUUUGUUAUUCUCUUUACAGACAGCUGUAGACAUCUCUUGGGAGAUUUUGUAGUCUGGCGUUUGUGCUGCUGUUGUUCACUGUCUGUGAAGAUUGUACCUGGUUGCUGUAGCAUAGCCUGUGACACUGGGCUCGCUGCCUGUGUCUGGUUUUGUUGUCCCAUCAACCCCAUCUUUGUAUGCAAGUAAUCCAUCUUAAACAUCCUACCCUGCUUUAGAAACUGACUUGGGAAAAGCUUGGUCAUAGUUACCAGUAAAUUUAGCUGGAUGUCCUUACAUGUUAACUAUUUCUAUCUCGUCAAGUAUUCUCUUUUCCUUGGAUAUCUGGUUUAGAAUGUGGGGCCAAAAUACAAAGGAGAAGUUCUGUUCAAAGGCAAGAGUCAAAAUCUUUUAUUGCAGUUGGCAUUUACUAUCUCGGUCACUUCUCCGGGUUUCCCUAAAUUAGCUUGAUGGAGUGAGAGAAACAGACAUCCACCUUGGGAACAGUAGCAUAGUUAGAAUUAAUAGUAGCUGGGAUAGCUAGCAUUGCAGUUGUCUGGUUCCCCACAGACAACCAAGGAGUAAAGGGACAGCCUUUUGCUUAGACUCAGGCUCCUGCCUCCCUGGUACAGGAGGGCCUAAGUCUGAUGUGUAAUGGGAGCAUAGCCUUUGCCAAAUCAAAUGAGUGACGGGUUAACGAGAAAAUGUGACAAUCAUAUUUCCUUUUGCUCAAAUAAUUCUGUUUUUCCCAAAGCUUUAGCAGCUAAAUUAAAUCUGUUGGACUGGGGGAGGAGAGAACUGUUCCCUAACGGUUAACAUGGUAUUCUUUAAGCAGAAAAACAAAGCCAAAGAAAACUCAUUAUCAGGCAUGUUGGCCUUAAAGAUGGUAGUGGGUAGAAUCUGGAGUUUUAAUCUGUUUUUAAAGCUACAUUUCUCAUAUUUGGUUUUGGCCUCUCAGUCUAAUUUUCAUGUAGAAUUCUUGCUGGGUUGUUUUAUUUGAGUAAGGAUUGUGUGCGUUUAACGGCCUACCUAGCUUUCUUCCUCUGUGAUGACAUUUCACCACAGGGGUCUUGACAAAGCAGAGUAGAAAUGUGCUGUUUACAUGGUUUACUUGUAAGUAAAGAGCCUGCAGUAACCUGUAGUUUUGCAUCUAAUGCAGACCCCGAUUUACUUGAGUUGUCAGCAUCAGUUAUGAAACUGAAGUUUGGCGCCUCCUCUUUAUCAUGUUUUUCCCCUUGUAGCAGUUGUGUUUAAUGUCAUUAAAGAGAAAAUAAAAGUUCUUGUCAGUGGCUUA